AUGGACGGCCUUUCGCGAGCCGAGUAUCCCGGCAUGCUGGCCAGCUUGCAGCCGGGCCUCGCCGUCUUCGUCCUCCAAGAACGUGCCAAGCGGAUAGGGAAAAUCAACCAGGAAAUCGCCGACUGGCUGUUGGAACGACGAAAAGUCGAGGAACAAUAUGUCGCUGGUCUGAGGAAGCUUCUGCUUGUCAAGGCGCCAAAUUCGGCCUCUGAGCUCGGCGUCUUCCAGCCGGCAUGGGAGUCGAUCCUGAACGCCAUCGACGCCGUUGCGAACUCCCACCACCUGUUCAGCUCAAGGAUCGAGAAGGAUAUCGAGGUGCCGCUGCGGUCCUUCCAGAACACGAAGGAGAUGGGCAACCUGACCACGAUAUCGGCCAACCUCAACCUCGUGGCCAAAGAGCUCGAGGACGCCCAGGACAAGGCCGACAAGCUCAGCAAGAAAGGCGGCAAGACGAGCAGCCAAAAGAUGGACGCCGCCACCCAGCGGCUCGAGAGCGCGUCGCAGCAGUGGGACUCGCAGGCGCCGUUCGUCUUUGAGACGCUGCAGGCGCUCGACGAACAGCGCACCAACCACCUACGCGACAUCCUGACCCAGCUGGAGACACACGAGGUCGACCAGACUUCACAGAACCAGGCUACGGCUGAGGCGCUGCUGAAUGUCAUCCUCGAGAUCAAGACCGAAGACGAGAUUCAGGGCUUUGCCCAGCGCGUCACCGCUGGCCGACCGAAGACGGAGAGACGCGCCGCUUCGCGACAGUCCACCAUUCCGGGAUCCAGCAACAGCUCGUCGCAUCCGUCGCAUCCAUCGCAUUCAUCGCACACGUCCCCGUCCUCCCACCCGCCUCUGCCUCCCGUGCCACAGCAGCACCAACAACAGUACCAGCAGCAGCUGCAGCAGCACCAUCACCAAAACUCAACGCGCAGCGACGAUACCGUCUCGGAGCACUCGGGUCGCAACGACGUUCCGACAGAGUCGAAAUUACGCAGCCGCCUCGGCACCAUGCUCGGACGCCGGCGGCAGAGCGUCCACAGCGGCUUCGGACCCUUGUCACCGGGCAAGGGUAGCAGUUCCUUUGGUGCUCGGCCGUCGCAGAGCAGCCACGGCCGUACGAUAUCGCCACGCGCGUCCUCGAACAAUCUGACGGAGAUGAACCACCGCCUGUCAUCUCUCGCCGAGACGCCCGGCUCGCCAGAGCCGCCCAGCACGGCUGAGUCGCACGUGCUUUCGGCACGCGAGGGGGCAACCAACGGUGUCAACGGCAACCACGGCGCUCACGGUUCCAGCGGCACGAAUGGUUUCGGCAGCGAUGUGUCGGGCGGUGCAACUGGUGCCUCUGGUGGUGGCGCGAGAGCGGCAGCUGCAACGAUGCACGGGAUGACGGCAGACGACAUAUUCGGCGUGCCACCGCCGCCAGGUCCGCCUCCAUCGCAGCAGCAAAAGGCAGCGGCAGCGGCAGCGGCAGCGGUGGCACCAUCGUCGCCAACCAAGGAUGCCGAGGGCUUCACCAUACCGGCGCGGCCGAACGAUCCGAUCUCACAGGCGCAGCGGGACGCAACGGCCGUGGCACUGGGCGAGGAUGGUGAACUGGCUUUCAAGCUGAACAUCCAAGAAGAGCCUGUGGCGGACGAAGAUGCGGAUGCCAAGAAGGCAGCCAUGUCCAACGUGGCCAACACGCUGACGAUGGCGAUGCCAUCGCGCAAGGGGGGAACAGUGCGCGGCCGCCGCGACGUGCGGAACACGAUCUACGUGCCGUCGAUGCCGGUGCCAGACCUACCGACGAGCAGCAGUCCAAGCCUGCGGCCGACCAGUCCGACGAUUUCACCGCCAGGGUCGCGGCCAGCAGCCGUGGCAGCGCUGGCGUCAGAGAACAGCAUCGGCAACGCGUCGGACACGCAAUCGAUCCGGUCGGCAACGUCGCUCGGCGGUCUCGCACACCUGAAGCAUCCAGACAUGUCGGGCCCAGGGCUGAGCACGUCUGUGAUCGAGACGGUGUCGGCCAGCUUUGAGGACGGCGAGCUGAAGCUGGCCAAGAUUGCGGGCGAGAUUGCGUUUGCGUACAAUCCGUCAUCAGCGUCUGUGAAGGAAACGAUUCGGGUAAACAACAUGGAGCUGCUCGAGGCCAUUGGGCCCAACCGCAUCUUUGUGCGCAACACGACGGCAGCGGACACGUUUGAGCUGAACACGACACAUCUGCAGGCACACAAGCCGGCGGUGGGCUUUACAUUCCGGGCGCUCGGUGAGAGCGCGACAUCGCUGGGCAAGCACUGCCCGCUGGUGGUGAAGCCGGUAUGGAAGCCGACGGGCGACAAGCUGGGGCUGCUGCUGCAGUACCGGCUUAAUGCAGAGGCAGCAGCGACGAUGUCAGGACCGGUGACGCUGCACAACCUGGUGCUGAUAGCGACGUACGAAGGCGCGCGGGCCAGCGGAGCGCAGACGAAGCCGACGGGCACGCACAUCAAGGACAAACACCUGGUGUACUGGCGAGUCGGCGACGUCACCCUGACGGAUACGUGGGCCAAGAUUGUGUGUCGCAUUCUGGGCCAGCAGGGCGGCGAGCCGCAACCGGGACACAUUGAGGCACGGUGGGAGUACGCGAUGCCGGCGGUAACGGAGAGCAGCAGCAGCAAUGGCAGUGGCAUCGGGAUCAGCAUCAGUCAGCUCGAGUCGACGGGCCACGGCAAGGGCAAAGACCGGGCAGACGAGGCUGACGACGACGAGGCUGACCCGUUUGCCGACGACAUUGCGGUGGUGAGCUCGAAGCCAGCCGACAGCGGAAGCGAUGCAGGCGACAGCUGGGUGGAGGUGCCGACGGUGCGGCAGAUUGUCAGUGGACGGUACGAGGCCAAGUAG